GGCUCCCUCUGCUCUCUGACGCAGGCUCCGCAAGGGAAGGGAAGGAAGGCCGGGGCGCCGCGGACCGGCCGAAGCGAAGCCUGCCCAUCAUCCGUCCCUGCCUGCCUGCCUGCCCUCUCCGGCCAGCGCGAUGGCGCCGCCGCCCUUGUGGCCCCUGCUGCCCUUGGCGCUGCUGGCCAGCCUGCCCGCCUACUCGGAUUCCCUAGCAGUGAUGUCUGUUGACCUGGGCAGUGAAUCCAUGAAAAUAGCAAUUGUCAAGCCUGGGGUGCCCAUGGAAAUUGUCUUAAACAGGGAAUCCCGGAGGAAAACCCCGGUGGCCGUGGUCCUGAAGGAGAACGAGCGCCUCUUCGGAGACAGUGCUUUGGGAAUGGCUAUCAAGAACCCGAAGGUCGCCUUCCGGUACUUCCAGGACCUUCUGGGCAAGCGCAUUGACAACCCGCAAGUGGCACUGUAUCAGUCACGGUUCCCAGAGCAUGAGCUUGGGAAAGACCCGAGAAGAGAGACGGUCGUCUUCAAGCUGUCAGACCAAUUGCAGUAUUCCCCAGAAGAGCUCCUGGGCAUGGUCCUGAACCACUCUCGGGCGCUGGCGGAGGACUUUGCAGAGCAGCCCAUCAAGGAUGCGGUGAUCUCUGUCCCUGCCUACUUCAACCAGGCGGAAAGGAGAGCCGUCCUGCAUGCAGCAAAAAUGGCAGAUCUCAAGGUCCUGCAGCUCAUCAAUGACAACACGGCCGUGGCCUUGAACUACGGGGUCUUCCGGAGGAAGGACAUCAAUGCCACAGCCCAGAACAUCAUGUUCUACGACAUGGGAGCAGGCAGCACCGUGUGCACCAUUGUGACGUACCAGACGCUGAAAACCAAGGACUCGGGGACCCAGCCUCAGUUGCAGAUCCGGGGUGUUGGGUUUGAUCGUACUUUGGGAGGCCUGGAGAUGGAGCUGCGCCUUCGAGACCAUCUGGCCAAGCUCUUCAAUGAGCAAUAUCCCUCAAAGGAUGUCCGGAAAAACCUCCGGUCUAUGGCUAAGCUGCUGAAGGAAGCCAAUCGUCUGAAAACGGUGCUGAGUGCCAACGCUGACCACAUGGCCCAGAUCGAGGGCUUGUUGGAUGACAUUGACUUCAAGGCCAAGAUUUCACGGCAGGAGUUUGAGGACCUGUGCUCCGACCUGUUCCAGAGGGUUGCUGGGCCCGUGUGGCAGGCGCUUAGCAGUGCCGAGAUCGGUCUGAACGAAAUCGAUCAGGUGAUCCUAGUUGGUGGUUCCACGCGUGUGCCAAAGGUACAGGAGCUUCUGCUGAAAGUAGUUGGCAAGGAAGAACUGGGCAAGAACAUCAAUGCAGACGAAGCCGCUGCAAUGGGCGCCGUCUACCAGGCCGCUGCCCUGAGCAAGGCCUUCAAGGUGAAGCCGUUUGUCGUCCGGGAUGCAGCCGUCUUCCCCAUCCAGGUUGAGUUCACCCGUGAGGUGGAAGAGGAGGACAAAUCCAAGAGUCUGAAGCACAACCGUCGGAUUCUGUUCCAGCGAAUGGCUCCGUAUCCGCAGCGCAAGGUCAUCACCUUCAACCGCUACACGGAUGACUUUGAGUUCCAUGUCAACUAUGCAGAUUUGGGCUUCCUGAGUGACAGUGACUUGCAGGCUUUUGGGUCCUUGAACCUCACCCGGGUGAGGCUGCACGGUGUGGGCGAGAGCUUCAGGAAGAACGUGGACUACGAGUCGAAAGGCAUCAAGGCUCAUUUCAAUAUGGACGAAAGUGGUGUCCUGAGCUUGGAUCGUGUAGAAUCUGUGUUUGAGACGUUGAUUGAAGACAAGCCCGAGGAGGAAUCCACGCUAACAAAGCUUGGAAACACCAUCUCCAGUCUCUUCGGAGGAGGCAGCCCUGUCCCCGAAGCGCCGGAAAAUAUGACGGAGACCGUUCAGGAGGAAGAGGAGAGCCAAGCAGAACCAGGCAAGGAAGACCAGAAGGACGACGCGGGGGCGACUAGUGCGGAGGAUGAAAAGGAGCCAUCGCCGCCUCCAGCGCAAGACAAAUUUGCUGGAGGCGCUUCUGCGGCAGAGGAGCAGCAGGAGGAGGGAGCAGAGAAGCCCACCUCUCAGGAAGCCCAAGAGAAGUCAGGGAGUGGGAAGCAGGAGGGGCCUGCAAAGAGCCCCGAGGGGAACAGUGGCAAAGCAGCAGCUGAGGAAGAGGAGGAGAAAAAGCCAAAGCCUCCCAAGAAGCAGAAGCUGGUGGAGGAGAUCACGGUGGGCCUGGAUGUGAACGACGUGCCCGACUUGCUUCCAGAAGAGUUGCAGGGCUCCAUCAAGAAGUUGCAGGAUUUGACUGAAAGGGACCUUGAGAAGCAGGAGAGGGAGAAAUCGGCCAACAGCCUGGAAGCCUUCGUCUUUGAGACCCAGGACAAGCUGUAUCAGGAGGAGUAUCAGUUUGUGUCAACUGAGGAAGAGAGAGAGGAAAUCUCCAAAAAACUGAGUGAAGUUUCCAGCUGGAUGGAAGAAGAUGGUUAUACAGCCACUACUAAGGACUUGAAGGAGAGACUAGCUGAACUGAAGAAACUGUGCCGGAGCCUCUUCUUCCGUGUGGAGGAGAGAAGGAAGUGGCCAGACCGCCUGGCUGCCCUGGAGAGCUUGCUCAAUCACUCCAGCAUCUUCCUCAGGGGAGCGCGGAUGAUCCCCGACGCUGAUCAGAUAUUCACGGAGGUGGAGCUCAGCACCCUGGAAAAGGCUAUAAAUGAGACAGCGCUGUGGAAGAACGAGACGGUGGCAGAGCAGAACAAGCUGCCGCCCACCGAGAAGCCGGCCCUGCUGUCCAGAGACAUCGAGCUGAGGAUCGCAGCCCUGGACAGGGAGGUGCAGUACCUCCUCAACAAGGCCAAGUUUGCCAAGCCCCGGCCCAGGCCCAGCACCACCAAGGCAGGCGCGGACAAGAACACGACUGUGCCUCCCGAGGGCGACAAGGUCCCUCCUCCCGAGGAGGGGACACAAGAAGAAGCAGAUAAAGUAGACGACGCCAGUCCAGCCGAAGAACCGCCUACAGAGGAAGCCCCACGGAGUGACGCAGGGGGACCAGACACAGAUUCACAAACAGAUAAGAAGUCUGAAACAAAGGAAGACACCAGAGCCAAUGACGAAUUAUAACAGUUUCUCAGAUCCUCUUGUGCAUCAACAUCUAUUUAUUUACAGUCAAAUCCAUUGUUUUUGUAAUGGACCUGGUUAGUGGAACAUGGCACAAACUGACAACAGAACGCAGUAGGUGUUUGUUUCUUUCCUGCUGGAAUUGUCCUUGCUGAUUUUGUGUGUUGUCCUGCCUCCUUACUUCCUUUGUUUAAAGAUGACUUUCAGCUCACUGGAAACUCCUAUUCUUGACACCACCCUGCAUGGAAUUGCCGCUUUCAACUGGCAGAUUCAAUCUACCUACAACUGUUCUAGGAAAAGACACUUGGUACAAGUGUACUGGGCUAUGCCUUAACUUGUGAAGAGCAGUGUAUGUUUUGGUGUCUGCAACUUACAGUGUCUGCAAGUAUUCUCCCUGUGAAUGGAAGUAACAAAUUGGAAUCUUCUGCUUCAGCCUCAGAAUGUUCUAAUUAUGGUGCAUGGACAAGGCCUGGAUGAGCAGUUCUUUUAAUGUCAUUAGCAUGGGGCCACUGAUGUUAGUUCUUUGUUUCUGAGCCACUGCACAACAGGAACUGAUGGAAUAGAAGCAAAAUUUGAAGGAAGCAAAUAAUAGUCAAAAGGAAAACAGAAAUACUUGGACUGAUAGUCACAGUCCAUCCCAAAAAGCAGGCCCUUGGUAUCUAAACAGCAGGUGUGCCCAUUGGCAAGGCAAUUCAGAAGACUGGUGUAUACAUCUCAACUUUCUCUCAACUGUUACUGACUUUGCAGAACACACCUAAAACACACUUUUAAAGGGCCAUGAAACAGCCAAAAGGAGAAAUGAUCUGUCCGGCCAAAAUUAGGUUUACAUUCCUCUUCAAACCAAUAUUAACUAACAAGUUUUCCUUGCAUAUUUUAUUUGCAUCUCAAGUUCUUAGUCACUGCUUUCUAAUAGAUUUCUGAGAAAUUCUGGGUACUGUUGUGGGCAUUUCCUUAUGCUUUUCAUGUACUGGUUUCUAACUUGGCCUAAACAGUUUGUUCUAUGUGUGUGGUUUUUAUUUAAUUGUUCAGUUGCAACUGAACUUCCCACUUCAACAAGUGAAUAGUGUAGGAGGGCCAGUUUUGGCUGUAGGACAAGAAAUCCUGAUGCUUCAGUUCUCAGAAGCAGAAACAAGUCCACCAGCACAUAAGUUAGGGUAAGUGCCCAAAGGUUACAGGGUGGAGGGAAAAUGUAAUCUAACCUUCUUACUUCUAUUUUCACUCAGAAAAUCCUCCAACUGUUUCUUCAAGGAGCUUUUUCAGUGUAGUAUGAUCCUUUCAUAUUCAGCACCAUUGGCCAGUUACUCACUGGAUCAAAGCAAGCACUGCCUCACAGUCCCUCAAAUCAAUUUCAAGAAAUGUGUGUUUAUAAAACUGCAGCUUUUGAGUUUUACAAGCUUUUAUUUAGUAAAAGUUGUACUCCAAAUGCUACAGGUUCCCAGAUAAGUAUGAAAAACUAAAUUGUGUGCUGUGAAUUAUCAAGCCCCUUUCAUUUCAAUACAAUUUAUACUCAUGCAGCCCUUGAAAAUGUUGGCUUGUCAUCUUGCCUAUGCCAUUCAUUGAAGUUUUGGAUGUACGUAUGCACACUUUUUGCCUUAGAAUGUGCAUUGGAGAAUUGGAUUUUUGAGAAUAGAAUUCUGGAAAUUAAAAUCCAGCUGCAUCUGCAUUUUGGGAAGAAUGUGCAUUCUACUGUGAGUCUUAUAAAGCAGUUGGAAUCUGAAUGUAAUAUUCUUGAGAAAUGUCUGUUCUGUGCUGUGUCCUUUUCACAUUCUUCCUUUGAACACGGCAGGCUUGCAAGUUGUAUUUCUUUUAUGGAAAUGGAAAUUAGGAAUAAGUGGGGGACGUCCUCUUUUUUCCACUGCUAUUGUCUUGAGAGAAUUGUCCGAAACCCAGCCAAGCCUGACCUGAAGACCUAUAAAGUCAAGAGUGUUGCUCUGUCACCUUGUGUACACUGUGGAAAAUGUUGUGCAACUUCCCUUUGCCAUAUUGGCACUUGUUCAGCGAUGGUGUCAAGGAGUUGCUUUGCAUCAAUGUUCAGGUGCUUGUUAGUUCUGUUAACAAUUUCAGGUGGGAAGGGAAGGGGGAUUGUUCAAAUUUAAAUCAUUUAAUGUGUUUGCUCCUUUUGAAGAAUGGUUUCAAUAAAAUAAUUUGCUUUUCUA